AUGAAAGCCAAGUAUGGCAUCCAGGACGAAGACACCUACAACUUUGAUAAGACUGGCUUCAUAAUGGGCGUGAUAUCGACUGGAGCGCAGGGCAAUCGGGAGUGGGUUACAGCUAUUCAGGGCAUCAACGCGAUGGGGUGGGCGAUUCCACCCUUCAUCAUCUUUGCCGGCAAGCACCACCUCUCCGCCUAG